UGUAUAUAAGGGGGAAGAAGGUGAGGAAUUGGCAGUGCAAACACAGGUCCUCUAGUACAACAACAUGAUCGCUCAAAUCGCAGCUUUGGUCUUCUUGGUGGCUUCGGCUAGUGCUGGACUAUCGUACUCGGCUGGAGGGCUCCAUGGGGGGAUAGCGCUUGGAGGGCUCCAUGGGGGAGUGGGGCUUGGAGGUUUGGGAGGCGGGCAUGGGAUCGCAGUGGCACCCAUCGCCAUCAAAGAGACUGUAGUGGAUUAUCACACCCCGGCUCAUUACGAGUUCAAAUACGGCGUUGAGGACCCUAAAACCGGCGACAACAAGGAGCAGUCCGAAGUUCGCGUCGGGGAUGUGGUCAAAGGGCAGUACUCGUUAGCGGAACCCGACGGUACCAUCCGCAUUGUCAAGUACACAGCUGACAAGCACAACGGGUUCAACGCUGUGGUGUCCAGGGUGGGACAUGCUGUUCAUCCGCAGUUGUUGGUAUCGAAAGCCAUUGCAGUACCCAUUGCUGUAGGUGGAGGUCAUGGGGGUCUAGGUUUGGGUGGUCACUACUAGGUUUGGGUCGUUCUAAUCGUCAUUGCUCUAUCAUCGUCAUCGCUGCGUCGUCGUUGCUCAUCUCUCAUCGUUUAUCUCUUGGAUAUUUCAAGAGAAUAUUUAUGUUGUAUAUAGUUAGUGUUGUGAGGAACAAUAAAUUUUUAUUGUGA